AUGACUUUUAAUAAUAGUCGAGAAAAUAAACUUAAACGUAAAUUAUCACAAUCUUCAACAUCAUCAUCUUUAUCACAAUCAUCAGCAAAAGAGGACACGGAGCUGUUUAAUGCAAUUACUGUUCAACUUGGAGGAAAAUGGAAAGAAAUAUGUAGUCAGUCACCAUUAUUACAAGCUCGUGGAUCUGGAAUGAUUUCACAGCGUUGGAAAACCAAAAUUAGAUAUUUUGUAGGAUAA